CCGUUGCAGCAAGCUGUGGCGACCAGAUAAACUUCCCUCAAGCGUAAACGACGCCCAAGACAACAAAACGAAGGAUCCUCUGAGGAGAUGCAAGACUUCGUCUAAACAGCGGCACACUAGCGAAACAAAACCAACUCGCGCCAACUUUUGGUAGCCAAACCAACGCAGACAUGUCAUCCGUAAAGAAACCUAUGCGCCUUCCGCCCCUCAAGGCACUUCGCGUUCGCAACCCCGAUGUCAAGGAGGUUAACCCUUGUCUGGCGGUUAUGAGCUCGGUUCUUGCAUGCUGGGCUUCGGCAGGCUACACAGCCCAGGGCUGCGCUGCCCUCGAGCAAUCCCUUCGUGCAUGCAUGGACGGCCCCCCAGCCCCGAAGCCAAAGAAGAGCGAGAUCAACUACCACCUGUCGCGAAUGUACCCCAAGAUCGCCGGACCGAGGAAAGUAAAGAAGUGAAGGGCGAUCUCACAAAUAUGAACAAUGGAUAUCAGCGAGAAUUGGCCAAGAAGGAUCAGUUAAUAGAAGUGCUGCCGGGAAAGAUCGGUAUCUAUGGUAACUCACUCUUCCGUACGGACGUGAGAGUUUUGGCUGCUUGGAGGAUAUAUGUUUGUGAAGGAAUCAUCGCAGGUCAGAGGACACUAGCAAAAUGCUCAGGUUGCGACGAUCAUCGUUCAAGAACCCAUGGCCUGGGGAUGGUCUGCUUAAACGAAGGAAUGGACAAAGGAUCUGGGAGUUGCUGAAACGCACAUAAACGGUGUCUGAUAAUUUUUCUCAGGAGAAAUAGGUGCUGUGUCUAUGUUACACCGCUGUAGUAUUUAUGUAUCAAAUCUUGUACAAACAUUUUCAAA